GUAGGCACAAUAAACGAGCACGUGAAAACAAUCUGAAGUCGUAGGCCCCCGGAGAAGACAUGGAGCCAGGUAUGGAGGAAGGGAAUGAAGCAUUUUGUCCAAAAGACGCAUUGGAUCUUUGCGAUUGCAAGGAUUAUGAGUCGCUGGAAAGCAUUAAUGUAAAGAAUCGAGGUAUCAAAAGGCUUUCAGAUGACUUUUUUUCUACAUUGGGAAACUUAAAGGAGAUUGACUUGAGUGGCAAUGACCUGCACGCUUUACCACUUACAAGGAAUUGUGAAAAUUUGCUGAAAAUAGACAUUUCUCACAAUAAACUACAGUCCAUCAAUGAAAUAAUUUUCUUUAACAAGCUAGAGCAUCUUGAUAUUUCAGGAAAUGAUCACAUACAGGUAUCUGAUAGAUACAAAUUGGUAUCUACACUAUCAGCAUUAAAAACUCUUGAUGGAAAAGAUAUUGGACUAAUGCGAGAAGCAAUUGGAAGACUUGAUGCAAUGCUUGCAAGCAAGCUAAAAGAAAUGCUGAGGUCUGCAGAAAUAAAAAAGCUUUACAUGCAUGUGAAUCUCAGUGAUGAAAAGGAGGUCAAGGAAGCAGAGGCUGCAGUUUUAAUAACAGUCAAGAAAAAAAUUACUUGUGGCCCAGAAGUUCUUAAAAGUUAUCGAGACUUCAAGCUUGACGCCUUUAUUCAGUCAGAACUACCUGAUACCAUUAGAAAGCAACAGGACUCUGCAAAUGGAAACAAAGAGAACGGUGGGAGCAUUUCGCAAGGCAAAAGAACAAGUGUAGAAAAAGAUGGACUCAAGGAAAAGAAGCGAAAAAAUGCCGAAUGCCAGGUUGACCAGGUUGGUGCAGGUAGCGAUGGCUCAAAGUAUAUCCUGAAAUACCUUCUUCAAACGCAUUCUAUGAACAACGACCCAAAAGAUUGGGAUACCAAAGUCUGGAUGUGUGAAUUUGAACCCGAUGUUAAUAACCCAGGUGAGACGACUGGAAUAUGUGCAACUUGUGGGGGAGAUUCUGUUUGCUUCAUUGAUUGCAACACAGGACAAGUUCUAAAAAAAUAUAAACAACCUCAAGAAGUUUUUUACUGCUUGGCAUGGACAGUCGUAGAAAAAUCAGACGAAUCAUCGGGCAAGUUGGUGAAGGCAAGCAUGCUGGCUGUUGCAGGGCUUCACGGUGAUAUAAAACUGAUCGAUCCACAGCAGUUGAUUUGCUAUCAAGAGGUUUCACACCACAAAAAGGCGAUCGAUGCUCUUGUUUUUCAUCCCAUCCACCCUACGUGGUUGUUCAGUGGCUCUGAGGACAAAACAAUUAUCUUAUGGGACAUAAAUAUACCCAGCUCACCUGCUUUGGCUGUUAAAAAACUGCUGACUCUGAAAUCAAGCAACAUCGUUCGCCAAAUUGUCGUCAUACCCCAUGGACGCAUUAUGGUUGGUUCGUGUGAUGAUGGCUGUUAUGUGUGGAAUAUUGACAAUGUCGAUGAGCAUCAAACCAGGUCCGCUGUUUUCAAAUUCAUAUUCCCAGGAGAAAGGCGGUUGCCUGUCGAUUCCGUUAGCUGUAUAUCAAACACCAUUGUAGCAACUAAACGCAUCGAAGAGGGCCAAUGUCAGCUUUGGUAUUCAGUCUCGGAAUUCACUCAAAAUGACGUCAUUAUUUCGCAUGUACUUCCGUGGAGAGUCACAGAUACGCCAUUUUUGAAGUUCAACUUUAUUUCGAGCGCAAACAAGUUGUUAGCGGGUGAUGAUGAGGGGUUUGUGUGGCUCUACGAUUUGUCCAAAAUUCAUGGACAAUUGCCAGAUCCUGAAGAAAGGGACAGGAAAGGCCCCCUUGAACUUCGGCACUCGAAGUGCUUGCGAUGCUCCAAUCAGCUGGCAAGACUUUUUAAUCACGUGUCUGCUGGCCAACAAAUGAAGUUUAUUGUAGCAGUAUCUGAUACAAAUGUCGUCGCAAUUUGGAAACGAGACCAAGCCUCGCGCUCAUGAAAAAGGAAAAACAUUUGCCUGCACUGAAGAUAUGUGGGUAAUUUCAAAUGAAAUCGUCAUAACUGAAUGUAAUAUUGUACCUUAACCUAUCAGAUUUUCAGGGAGUUGAGCUUACUUUUUUGACGUAAUUCAGAUAUUGAACAAUGCCAAUUUUGUCCUCAACUAUGCCAAUAUUUUAGGGUACAGAUACUGUGAUAGAACUUAAGAAGUUGGGUAAAACAUAUUUUUUGCCCCCUCUGGUUCAGUUCCAGAGCCCCGGCAAGCAAACCUCUCCAUGACCUUUUUUCUGGGAACCAUGACCUUUUUUCUUGGAACCAUGACCUUUUUUCUGGGAACCAUGACCUUUUUUCUUGGAACCAUGACCUUUUUUCUUGGAACCAUGACCUUUUUUCUUGGAACCAUGACCUUUUUUCUGGGAACCAUGAGAUUCCAAAGCCAAUGAUAAUUUUCAGAGCUAUAUGUUUUGUUGACUAAUUUUGUUAAAAAUUUGAGUAUCUCUCAAAUAGUUUUAAUUACCUGCUGUAAAUUAUAUCAACUUCCCAUAUUUUGUACACUUUUUUUACUUCUGAGCUAACACGGUGCUUGAUAAAGUCGAAAUUUGUUUCAGGGUUUUGUUAGAUUAUUUAGAUUAUUUUUUAACCAGAAGAUUGUUUUAAAAAGUAUUUAGAAGAAAUGUUUAUAGUUGUGUGAGUACCGUUUUAUUAGUGAUUUUUGCUUUGUAACGAACAGCGUCCUCGACCUUUCUUUCCCCAUGUUUCAAGACGUUGAAGGAUUUGUAAAUAUUGCUUUAUUAGAAAAAGGAAAGGGCUAGUUUGUGACAUAUUAUCAAGUUUUGGUAUAUUUUCUUUAUGUAAAUCACAAAUCAAAAGAGUGUGCCUGAAUAAAUCUUUGUGCCUUGAGUCCGUCCGCAGGCUCUCCGAACCACAGCAUCAUAUCUUGCCUUCUAACAGCGCCCUAGUUCCCACUGCCUUACUGUGGCUUACUUGCCCUUCUCUUUUCAUGUUAUCUUUAUGUACCAGCCAAUGAUCUCGCACUUUGCAACAUUAACCGCCCCCAUCCCCUCCCCCCCCCUCUAUCACAAUCCUAUUCACACCACACAAUCCUCAAAUUCUGAUAACAUAAUUUUAACUGUAGAUUUUAAGCUUUCCAUAUUUUAUCAGUUGGAUUUAUAAGUUAUAUUUUGGAAUGCGUGGGACAAAUUCCUUUUAGCUAAGAACUUAAAUUGUUUCUUUUUUCUGUCAUUUUUUCCACAGUGUACUUCGGCGUUAAUUGUACAAUUAUGUAGAUAGCGUUUUAGUCUUGUGUUUAAUAUCGUCCUUAUUUUACGAUAAGUUGUAGAUGCGGAUAUUUGUGUUCAAGUUGACAA